GUGGAGUGCGGGGCCGCCCGGCGCGCUGUCAGUCCCUGCGGCUCGGAGCAGGCGCAGGCGCGCUCGCGGGACUCCUCCGGGCAGCACGGUCGUCCCCCGGCUCCUCGGGCUCCGCGGUCAGGAGGGCGCCAUGGACGACAGGGAGUUAAUUGGGUACUUUAAGUCUCAGAUGAAAGAAGAUCCUGACAUGGCCUCUGCCGUGGCUGCCAUACGGACGUUGCUGGAGUUCCUGAAGCGAGAUAAAGGGGAGACGAUGCAGGGCCUGCGGGCGAACCUCACCAGAGCCAUCAAGACCCUGUGUGGCGUGGACUCCUCGGUGGCCGUGUCCUCGGGCGGGGAGCUCUUCCUGCGCUUCAUCAGCCUCACCUCCCUGGAGCACUCCGAUUUCUCCAAAUGUAAGGAGAUCAUGAUUGAGCGGGGAGAGCUUUUCCUCAGGAGAACGUCGCAGUCGAGAAGCAAGAUCGCGGAUCUGUGCCAUACUUUCAUCAAAGACGGGGCAAAAAUACUGACUCACGCCUCCUCCAGAGUGGUGCUGAGGGUCCUGCAGGCGGCUGUGGCGGCCAAGAAGCGCUUCAGUGUGUACGUCACUGAGUCCCAGCCGGACCUAUCCGGGAAGAAAAUGGCCAAAGCUCUCUGCCGGCUCAAUGUCCCUGUCACCGUGGUCCUGGAUGCUGCUAUCGGCUACAUCAUGGAGAAAGUGGACCUCGUCAUAGUCGGUGCCGAAGGAGUCGUGGAAAACGGAGGGAUCAUUAACAAGAUUGGAACCAACCAGAUGGCCGUGUGCGCCAAAGCGCAGAACAAGCCGUUUUACGUGGUUGCGGAGAGUUUCAAGUUUGUGCGGCUCUUCCCGCUAAACCAGCAGGACGUCCCGGAUAAGUUUAAGUACAAGGCAGCCACUCUGCUGUCGGCGCAGACGGGACAGGAUCUCCGAGAGGAGCACCCGUGGGUCGACUACACCUCCCCCUCCUUGAUCACGCUGCUGUUUACGGACCUGGGGGUGCUGACGCCGUCCGCGGUCAGCGACGAGCUCAUCAAGCUGUACCUGUGACCGGGGACCCUGCACUGCCCUGCGCGGGAGAUGCCGCCGCUGGGCAGGGGGAGGAGCCUCCUGACCCCUCGCUGAGCCGGGCCGAGACAAGAUUGCUUUUUUAAUGAAGAUUUGUGGACUAAGGACUUAAAAAUCAUAGGUUUUGGUGGACUUUGUUUUCAUUUCAGUCCCAUUUAAACAUGUUCAGGGUUCCCCUAAAACUCAACCUAAGUUGUACUGACGGUUCCCAGAUACUUUUUCGUUUCCUGUUUCCAGAAAUACACAUUAGAUUAUUGGCUACUUAGCCAGUGA